UGCGCCUGACUCCAGCCUGCGCAUGGCCGAGACCUGGACCGACAACGGCAAUCCCGCGCAGGCGACCUCUUUGAUGCGCCGCCGUCCCUUAUCGACCCCGACGCCCUUCCAGCAGUCUUGUCCUCCGCAACAAAACACCAUCGCACAGCAUAGACACUGAUCCUCGAGCCAACCGACAUCUUCCAGACAGCUGCCAUCCCAUCCGACGAUCGACACCUUCCCCGCACGUCAUCGCCCGAUAACGACUGUCAUCACCGGACUCCUCGCCCCAUCUCUGCCAACAUGUCGAAUCGCCAGCAGGCCCGCGAUAUGCAGGUCGAGUUCCAAGCUCGCUUCCAAGCGAAGCAGGCGCGCCGUGAGGCGCAGAAGGCUGCGAAGCAAGAUCCGUUACUCAAGAAGCAAAUCCAGGACCUGCUGAAGAAGGGCGAGACGGCAAAGGCCUACCAGAAGGCCAAGAUGCUGCUCUCGAAGCAGGCGCUUGCCCAGCAGAUGGACCAGAUGGCCGACAUGGCCGAGCUCAGCGCCUCGCAGAUCCAGGCCAACAACGCCAUGAACCGCAUGACACACAUGAUGGCCCAGUCCUCGCGCGUCAUGAACGCCGCGCAGCGCAACACGAAUCCGGAGAGGACACUGCUUACGCUCGAGCAAUUCAAGACGCAGAAUGAAGAGUACGCCAUGAACAACGGUAUCUACCAGGACGCCAUCAGCCAGACCACAUCGCAGCAGGUCUCCGAAGAUGCUGUCCACGAACUUCUGGGCAAGCUCGCCGACGACGCCGGUGUCGAGCUGAACCGCGAACUCAAUGCCGCUCAGCCAAGCACGGCCGAGCCAGUUUCUGCCCAGGCAAAUGAACCUACCGCAGAGGAGGAGGAUGCCCUCCAGCAGCGCCUGCGUGCGUUGAGGGCCUAAAGUGCCAAACUGGCACAUGCUUAUUUGCGACCAUACUUUUGCAUUAGAAAUCCUCAGAAGGAAGGCAGAGGAGAACCACCCUCGCUUAGAGCCCGAGAUGGGAGGUAUUCGGCCAGCGUUUGUUUUCGAGAAUUGGGGUAUUAUCUGGCGUUUUGGGCCUUUUGCGAUGCAUACUUAUCUAGCACGAGUCUCGCUGUCAUCCAACCCUCACAAUAUUCAGCAUGUUCUUUGAAAUCAAGUCAUUCACCCAGGUGCAAGAUGUUCAGACAUGAGCUAGCAGAAUGGAUACUUCCCCCUGAAAGAUCCCAUGAUAACCUCGAAGUGAUCGGCAGGCUAUACACAUUUUCCUAAGCGGGAUUGAAGCAAAUAGACGAGAGUAAGCCCAUCUGGGCAACACGUAGCCUGGAGAAAACUGAAGAAGGAAACUGAUCGCGAUCGAAUGAGGAUUAUAUCAUAAUUUGAGGUCA